UAUAAUAAAUAUUCUCUAAAAUUACAUGAUUGAACUCAGUAAUAUUGAAAUUAUUUUAUUAAUUGCUUAAAACAGCUGUGCAAACGACAAUUUACCUGAGUUGGGUAAGGCCAUAAAUCAUUAAAAAAUAUUUGGCUAUUUGGCGUAAAACUAUAAACACGCUUUAUUUAUGGUGCUUUUAGAAAAUGAAUUAUUUAUGUCAGAAUUGACAAAAAUUAUGACAAAGGCGAAAACAUCUGGGUCUCUUAGGUUUACUAUGAAAAAAUCUGAUUGUAGUACAAAGCAAAGUAAAAAGAAAGAUAAAAUUACCAAGGACUCAAGUAAUGCACCAAGUUUGCCCAUAAGUUCUUCAACCCUAGAAUCACAGAAUAAAAGUCAAGUAUUAAUAAGAGUUACACUAGGAAGAGGCAAAAAGAUAAGCACCAAUAUAUCCCAUAAAGAUGUUACAAAAUUUCAACAAACAUUUUAUAAUCUACUUAAAACUAAUAUGGAUGCUCUAAGAAAAACAAGACCUAAAAUAUCUAAGAAAAAUAAAAAACCAACAAAUUAAUUUUUUUUUAUAAAAAAUAUUAUUCAAAAAGCUUUAUAAUUUUUUUUUCCAAAGUAGUUACAAUAUUUAAUAAAUAAUUUCAAUAUUUUAUUAGCAUUAUAUACAUAAACAUAAGUGGUUAAAUUCUUACAGAACAUUGUUUGCUAGGAUACUAUAUCUCUAUGUGUAAUACUAGAUUUUCUUAAUUUGAUCUGGCCCAUCUGACUGAUCAUAACUGGUUUUAAAUUAUUUUGUAUAUUUUAUUCUUUGUUGUAAAGUU